UUCACGAUGUAUUCACUGACAGCUCCCCCGUUGCAGCACACGCUCGCAUGGCAACGAGAGACGCGACUGCUUCCAAAUUAAUAUUUGCUUCAUUGUUGUUGAAUAAUAAUGCGAGUCAUCGUAACAUUGGUUUCAUACGGGGUUUUUUUUAGUAUUCUACAAGUUCGUAUUCUCUCUGUGAUGAAUCCGUAGAGUAGGCAUAUCGAGCUUAUUAAAGGUGGACGUUUUAUAUUUCAUUAUUUGUUCGUUAUUCCCAACGGACCUAUUUUUCCUGCCGGCCUUGAAAUAUUGGGAUGUAGAAAAUUUAUGCCUACAUUUUCCGGACGCAAUUGGCAUGCUGUACCUUCAUUAAGACCACCAUUGUGUUAAACGCAAUCUGUAUAUAUGUUUGAUGUUUCGUUGACAUUGGAUCACAUGUGAUUUUUACUUCAUGGAGACAUUAAUACAAGGCACUCUAUAAGUGGAAUGGAUAUCAUCCUACAUGGAUCUGUGAUUAGAAGUCCUGCUAGAAAUGUAGAAUCCCGUAUAGAUCAAUUAUGAUGUCACGUCAUUUAAAUGAAAAAUAACCAAUCAUGGGUUCUAAAUCGUCGAAAAUUUCCGAUGCCGGUCCGACAAAAUCCGAUACUGCUAUUGCGGUAGCCAAAGACCACCAGGUGGUCAAACGUGACAGGCAAAGCAAGGUACCAUCUUCGAAAAGGAGAUCGAAGCCGCAAGGCAAAUCAAAGAAGGCAGGUUUCGUCGUGAUCAAUGAGCACGGCCGACGGGUGUCGACCUCGAGAUCGCAGAAACGGAGGAGGACGUUGGAGCCGCUUAGCUACAGCGGACAGGUGGCUCUGAAAGACCUGCGCAACAAAGUCGAACAGAAGUCAAAGUCAAAAGAUAAGAAAUCACUGAGAAAGAGAAAGAACGAGGACGAUGAUGAUGACGACGAUGACAAUAAAUCCGGGUCCGAACAUCGGUGCCAUGACGGCGAUGAAGACUCGAUUAAUCUUAUACAGUACGACCACUUUGAGUACCCUUUUGAGAAUAUUGUCUUCGAAGGAGGGGGUAAUAAGGGUUUGGCAUACGCUGGAGCAAUAAGGGAAUUGGAACGGAUAGGGGUAUGGAAGAACAUUCGUCGCUUUGCCGGAGCAAGUGCUGGUGCCAUGUGGGCAGCACUCCUGGCUGUCGGUUACAACUCAACAGAGGUUCAAGAAUUCCUCAGUAUGAACCUUAAAGAAUACUUUCUUGACGCAACAUGUGGUUCGUGUAGCCUGAUCCCCAACCUCCUGCGCCAUUUUGGAUGGCAUCCUGCACGCCGUCUGUUCGAGUGGUUCGGCGACCGCCUCGCAGACAUGACCGGUGAUGCCGAUAUCACGUUUAGGCAGCUGUACACGCGAACGGGAAAGGAACUCUGCAUCGUGGUCACCAAUCUUAGUCAGAUGAGCGCAGAGUAUUGCCACGUCAAGACCACGCCCAAUUUGCCCAUCAGGACGGCACUGCGCAUGUCCAUUGCCAUUCCAGGUUUAUUUGGAGCCGUUCACAGCAAAAGGCAUAACAGUUAUGACGUAUACGUUGAUGGAGGCGUCUUGUGCAAUUUUCCUGUUCAUUGUUUUGAUGGGUGGUGGUUAUCGCUGAAUCCGGAAGACAGCAUGCUUCGACGUCUUCAGCCAUUGGAAGACAUCGGAAGACUAUGGGACAGGAAGGAGAGGUUUGGAUCCACCAAUCCUCGCACGAUUGGUAUGUUAUUGUAUUCUAGCGACGAACAAGACGUGAUGGUCGAUAAACUAGCCAAACGAGAAACGACGAUGCCACCACAACCACUCCCUCCAACAAAACUGGCGAGAUUGCGGAAGAAGAUAAAAAAGAAACGUGAAGAGCAGACGAGAGAGCAUGCCCGAGUAACUACUGCUAUGUCGGGAUUCAUGAAACUGCUUAGUGAGAGCGACAUCAAUGAGAAUAGUGUGAUCAGUAGGAGUGAACUCAAAGAUGCUUUCUUUAUGAACCCACCAUACUUUAAUGCAAAGCAUCGUGAAGAUCUAUUUGGUGACGAUCUAACGGUAGAUGAGAUAUUCAACCGAAUGGACCAUAACAAUGAUGAUGAGAUUACGUUUGAUGAACUACAGGCAUUCGCCGAGGAGCGAGGGGUGGGCAUACAAGCUAGCUUCCAGGGGUAUGCUCGCAAGGAUAUCACCGGUUUUUCCGACUUCCUUGGGACGCUUCAAGAGACAUUGCUGGUCAAUGUGAAGAGGAUAUUUGUUACGGAAGAGGAUGUCAACCGCACGUUAGGUAUCGAUACUGUGUAUGUCGAUACUACAGACUUCGAACUCGAGCCCAAAGAUAGGGACUUUCUCGUCCAGCAAGGAGUACGUGGCGUCCAAGCGUUUUUACGGGACUACGUCAGGCGGAACGAUCCUCCUCUUAGGCCCAGCUUACAAGGACCCAACGACACACAGAGUACAGUCAUGUUCGAUGAUCUUCAUAGAUAAUGCUUUUAAUGAUUGGUGUAACCGGGUCCAAACUAUUUUUAAUCAGGUGUUUCUGCAUUUAUUGAUAAUUCAAAAAUAAUCACUGUAAGCAUACAAAAUAAUCCAAAUUAAAAAAAAGUGACAUGACAUUAAUAAAACAAUAGAUAACAGACAUAAUUCAUACAGAUAUAACUGUACAAAUAAUCAAAUUGCAGGGCUAGCUAUCAUAAGCAGAAAAGCUUGAAAGAAAACUGCCCAAAUUUGGCAAAAGGAAGCAAGUAACACAUCAGUAAAAUUAGAGUUAUUGUUGUUUCUGAAACACCCUUUGUAUGUUUUACGUUCAGGCAAAAUUUUGGGAAGAAAAUAUGCUGUUAAAUUGCAUUGACGCCUAUGUAAAUGACGAACACACAUUACUCAUUUACAAUAAAUGAUACUUUUGUAAACUUGAUUCCUUUUGAUAAAGAACCGCAGGAUAGCAGACAACGGAACGGGGCUACAUGAAAACUAAUGCGGGUCUAUAUAAUGACAGUGAUGUCACUAAUAUUUCUUUGAAAUAAAGAGAAAUUGGGAAAAGGGGAUGUGAAGUGAAUGCGCGUGAAGCUGCGAGUUUUACAAAUACUUUGAGAAAAGUUACCUCUUUGAGGAAACGUUGAUAGGCAGGCAUGAACAAAUCGUUAGGGGGCACUUGUUCAAAAAUAUGUAAUGAAUGUAAUGACUUCCGGGAGCAAUGUUGGAGGAAAGUGCAUUGGAACGAUUCGCAUUUUGCAAUCGUCUUCAGAUUUGGGGGAUCUCAUGAUUUACUACCUUUUUAUUUUGAAUUAUUUCAACGUCUGACUUUUAAGAAAAGUUAAAUGUAAUGCUAGUUAGAAUAUAUUUCUAUAUUUGAAUUAACUUAUUGUUGGGGUAUGUUGGACAUUUAAGAAAUAUUUCAAGUAAAAUGUUAUUUUUAAAAGUCAUCAUUGUUUGAUUUAUAUGUUUCAAUGAAUAAUGUACCGUACAUACAUGUAUGAUCUAUGAAUGUUAUCAUUACAAUCAUAAUCAAUUUCAUUUUCCUAACUAUGACAAUUUUUGUGCCAAUAUAUAUUUUUGUGAUAUCACGUUUUAUUAUUUCAUAUUAUUGCUGAAUGCUUUGAAAUAAUUGUAUGUAUGAUGAACAUUAAUUGUUUGCAUGAAUUAAGACAUGUAAAAUGUAAACAUAUUAUCUAUCGAGAGAGAGGGGGGGGGAUCUCGAUAUUUGGAAGGUAUGUUUCGCCUUAUAAUAACAGUGUAUUAUAUGUUUGUAUAAUUGUUAUUAUUCUGAUUAAAUCAGCUUUUUCUUGA